UCCUGGAAAGACAAGCAUCAUGCCUCUGACCAGUGCCUUCAGGGCUGUGGACAACGACCCUGGGAUCAUUGUCUGGAGAAUAGAGAAAAUGGAGCUGGCGCUGGUGCCUGUGAGCGCCCAUGGCAACUUCUAUGAGGGGGACUGCUACGUCAUCCUCUCGACCCGGAGAGUGGCCAGUCUCCUAUCCCAGGACAUCCACUUCUGGAUCGGGAAGGACUCCUCCCAAGAUGAGCAAAGCUGUGCAGCCAUCUAUACCACACAGCUGGACGACUACCUGGGAGGCAGCCCUGUGCAGCACCGAGAGGUCCAGUACCAUGAGUCAGAUACUUUCCGUGGCUACUUCAAGCAGGGCAUCAUCUACAAGCAGGGGGGUGUCACCUCUGGGAUGAAGCAUGUGGAGACCAACACCUAUGACGUGAAGCGGCUGCUACAUGUGAAAGGGAAAAGAAACAUCAGGGCUACUGAGGUGGAAAUGAGCUGGGACAGUUUCAACCGAGGUGAUGUCUUCUUGCUGGACCUUGGGAAAGUCAUAAUCCAAUGGAAUGGCCCAGAGAGCAACAGUGGGGAGCGCCUGAAGGCUAUGCUUCUGGCAAAGGAUAUUCGAGACAGGGAGCGAGGGGGCCGUGCUGAAAUAGGAGUGAUCGAGGGAGACAAGGAGGCAGCCAGCCCAGAGCUGAUGAAAGUCCUUCAGGACACCCUUGGCCGACGCUCCAUUAUCAAGCCUGCAGUCCCUGAUGAGAUCAUAGAUCAGCAGCAGAAAUCAAAUAUCAUGUUGUAUCAUAUCUCAGAUUCAGCUGGGCAGCUGGCAGUCACAGAGGUAGCAACGAGGCCUCUGGUCCAGGACUUACUGAACCAUGAUGACUGCUACAUCCUGGACCAAAGUGGAACCAAAAUCUACGUGUGGAAAGGAAAAGGAGCCACAAAGGCUGAAAAACAGGCAGCCAUGUCUAAAGCGCUGGGCUUCAUCAAGAUGAAGGGCUACCCCAGCAGCACCAAUGUGGAGACCGUCAAUGAUGGUGCUGAGUCGGCCAUGUUCAAGCAGCUGUUCCAGAAGUGGUCAGUAAAGGACCAGACCAUGGGCCUCGGGAAAACGUUCAGCAUUGGUAAAAUUGCUAAAGUUUUCCAGGAUAAAUUUGAUGUGACUCUGCUACAUACCAAGCCAGAGGUAGCUGCCCAGGAAAGAAUGGUCGAUGAUGGCAACGGAAAAGUUGAGGUCUGGAGAAUUGAGAACCUGGAGCUGGUCCCUGUGGAAUAUCAAUGGUAUGGCUUCUUUUAUGGGGGAGACUGUUAUCUGGUCCUCUACACAUACGAGGUGAACGGGAAGCCACAUCACAUCUUGUACAUCUGGCAGGGCCGCCACGCCUCACAGGAUGAGCUGGCAGCCUCAGCAUAUCAGGCAGUGGAGGUGGAUCAGCAGUUUGAUGGGGCCGCUGUGCAGGUUCGAGUCAGGAUGGGGACGGAGCCACGCCACUUCAUGGCCAUCUUCAAAGGGAAGCUAGUUAUCUUUGAGGGUGGGACUUCCAGGAAGGGAAAUGCCGAGCCUGACCCUCCGGUAAGACUCUUCCAAAUUCAUGGAAAUGACAAAUCUAACACCAAAGCAGUGGAGGUUCCAGGCUUUGCCUCCUCCCUAAACUCCAAUGAUGUCUUUCUGCUGCGAACUCAGGCAGAGCACUACCUGUGGUACGGCAAGGGGUCUAGUGGGGAUGAGCGGGCAAUGGCUAAGGAGCUGGCCAGCCUUCUCUGUGAUGGCAGCGAGAACACUGUGGCCGAGGGCCAGGAGCCGUCCGAGUUCUGGGACCUACUGGGAGGGAAAACUCCCUAUGCCAAUGAUAAAAGACUUCAGCAGGAAAUCCUAGAUGUCCGGUCCCGUCUCUUUGAAUGUUCCAAUAAGACUGGCCAAUUCAUUGUCACUGAGAUCACAGACUUCACCCAGGAUGACCUGAACCCCGGUGACGUGAUGCUCCUAGAUACCUGGGACCAGGUGUUCUUGUGGAUUGGGGCUGAGGCCAACGCCACGGAGAAGGAGAGUGCCCUUGCCACAGCGCAGCAGUACCUGCACACUCACCCCAGCGGCCGAGAUCCCGACACACCAAUCCUGAUCAUUAAGCAGGGGUUUGAGCCUCCCACCUUCACAGGCUGGUUCCUAGCCUGGGACCCUAACAUUUGGAGUGCAGGAAAAACAUAUGAACAAUUAAAAGAAGAGCUGGGAGAUGCUGCUGCUAUCAUGCGAAUCACUGCUGACAUGAAGAAUGCAACCCUCUCCCUGAAUUCUAAUGACAGUGAGCCAAAAUAUUACCCUAUAGCAGUUCUGCUGAAAAACCAGAAUCAGGAGCUGCCUGAGGAUGUAGACCCUGCCAAAAAGGAGAAUUACCUCUCUGAACAGGACUUUGUGUCUGUGUUUGGCAUCACAAGAGGACAAUUUGCAGCUCUGCCUGGCUGGAAACAGCUCCAAAUGAAGAAAGAAAAGGGGCUUUUCUAAAGCAAGAAGGCCUAUAUCUAUUGCAAGGCCACAGAAAAGAGCAGAUAGUGCCAAUAUCAGGAAAUAAUUUAUCCACCAAUUUCUGCCUGACAUUAAGCUACUUAAUUUAGAUAUAAUAGAGUCUGCAAAUCACAGCAUGUUCUCCAUUUUUCUCAUCCUUGCAUUCCUUGCUUGUUAUAUACCUAAAAUGUUAACCAUAUAGUUUUUGGGUUUUAUGGCCCUCUAGCUAAAGUCUCAGCAGAAAGCACUAAAACUCCAUAAAUCUGGAGAAAUCAAAAGAAAGAGAACCAAAAAACAAUGCUUAAAAUGUUUAAUAACUUUAUGUUUAAUAUUAUACCGGGACCUACCUUUGUUUUCAAUUUGAAGAUCAUUAUUUCUAAAAUCUAUUUAACCUGUAAAUCAUUGAAAUCAUAUAUACACUCCAUAGGCAAAAUCCAAAUGCCCAGAUCUGUAAUGUGUCAAAGCAUUUUUAACUUUUCAAAUAAAGAUACCUGUAAUGAA